GUGAAACUCAGUGUAUAGCUAUAAAAGCAUUUAUAGUCUCGACAUUCAACUAGAGGCGCGGACUGGGCUGUGCGACAACAACAGCUGGACUAUCUUGUGGAGCUAAAACACCUGGAGCUGUACAACUUCCAAAACUUGCAUUGGCACCCCCAAAGCCUUCAGUCUGCGGAACCUAAACAGUGGACACUCUUUCCGAAGCUCAGGCACCCUACUAUCGCAUGAUGGGACAACAAAAUACAGAAAUUGACAUUGAGUCUCUUCAGAAGAGCGGCCGUCGGCGUGGAGGCUGCCUGGACGUUUUUGUCGUCCUGUCCAUCAUCUUUCUGUUUGUGGCGGUGGCAGCUGUGGCUGUCGGCGGACUGAUGGUUGUGAUGGAGCUGCGGUCCAAACUGGAGACUGCGCGUCCGUACAUUAAUGUUGAGGCAUUAAAGCAGACAGGAGACACAACUGAGCCAUCAUACAAGAUACAGAACUUUGUCUAUCUGGAACCCAACUCAAGCAGGUUACAGACCUCCACGAUGCAAUGGGAUCCAGUCACAUAUGGUCAAGGAUCGUCUGUAGGAAGCAACUUCAUAUUUGACAAGGCACAGAGUUCUCUGCAGCCUAAACAGUUGGGAUACUACUUCAUAUACAUUGAUCUCAACCUCACCUGCACCUACGACUGCCCCGCAGGCCUCCUCACAGUGAGUGUGGGCGAUAAGCUCACCUGCAAGGUGCAGCUUCCGGCUGUGGCAAAUUCAAUACCUGUGACCAAGAAGUGCUGGACAGUGACCCAGAUAAACGACAGCCAGAGACUGGUCACUCAGAUGACCGUACCGAACAAUGGGCUGAAAUACUGGAAACUGGAGCUGAGUGGCUCAGCAUUUGGGAUGUUCCUUGUGGACUAAUGUGGACCCUGUGGUGCUACUACAGUCAUCAAGAUGCAGAUCUGUCUGUGACCUGUGGGUCGUCACUAAAGAACAACACCAGUUUGUGUUUUCUUAAGGGUCCUGUUAGGUGAAAAUGGGCAGGCGCAGGUGCCAUUUUCGAAGCUAUGACGUAGUUUAUUGCAAACUAAAGGUGUAAGAUGAUGAACCUCAACAGGAAUUUAAGUUGGAAUCUGAAGAGAAGUUGUAUUUAUGACAAUGCAAACGGCAUAUGGAGAAAGACUACACAUUCACCUCAUUCUGUAUAAAUAUGUAUAUAUGUUAUUCUGUAUAUGAUAUAUUUAUUUGGUGAUGGAACUAUUUAUAUACCUAUAUUUAUAAUGGUGUUGUUAUUUUUUUUCUAGAGACCUUUUUUUUAAUGUAGAUAUCACUACAUUAGUGUUAAAGUGCAAUACACUGCAAGUUAAUCGGCCUGUAUUGGGUGACUCUAUAGCUCUGUUUUAUAAAUGGCUGGGUGCAUAAAAAGUUGAGGCUUACAAAAAAGUGUGAUUAUAAUUCUGCUCCAAAACUCCAACGAGCCCUGCAAGUGGAGUCCUUGAAUCUCUUCUGGCAAAUGAUGAGUAAUAGUGAUGAGUAAUAAUAUGCACUUAAAAUAACUUUUACAGAAACAAUGUCUGAUAAAAAAUUAUUCUGUAACCAAAACAUGACCAGAAUUACUAAAAUAUCUGUAGUAUGUGGACUAUGUGUGAAUUGAAAAAUUGUUUUAUUUUUAAAAGUAUGUAAGUCCUGUGGACAAACUACACUUGUUGA